GAGCGCGCGGGGAGGGGGAGGAGAACUGACGUCAGCGGGAGAGUAUUAUGGUCUGUCGUGCGCUGGCUGCUGCUUUUCUGCUCCUGGAAGCGGCCAAGGGGGGAAGCGGCGAGUCAACAUGGAGCUUUCAGCGGUGGGGGAGCGGGUGUUCGCGGCCGAAGCCCUCCUGAAGCGGCGCAUUCGGAAAGGACGUAUGGAAUACCUCGUGAAAUGGAAGGGCUGGUCGCAGAAGUACAGCACCUGGGAGCCUGAAGAAAACAUCCUGGAUGCACGCCUGCUUGCAGCCUUCGAGGAAAGGGAACGGGAGAUGGAGCUCUACGGCCCCAAAAAGCGAGGACCCAAACCCAAAACCUUCCUCCUCAAGGCUCAGGCCAAGGCAAAGGCCAAAACUUAUGAGUUCCGAAGUGACUCAGCGCGGGGCCUCCGGAUCCCUUACCCUGGCCGCUCGCCCCAGGACCUGGCCUCUACUUCUCGAGCCCGAGAGGGCCUUCGGAACAUGGGCCUGUCUCCACCGGGGAGCAGCAGCAGUAUCAGCAGCACCUGCCGAGCAGAACCCCCUCGGGACCGGGACCGGGACCGAGAGCGAGAGCGAGAACGAGAACGUGAGCGAGAACGAGAGCGGGAGAGGGAGCGAGAGCGAGAGCGGGGCGCCAGCAGAGUGGAUGACAAGCCCAGUUCACCAGGAGACAGUUCUAAGAAGCGAGGCCCAAAGCCCCGGAAGGAGCUCCUGGACCCAUCACAGAGGGCCUUGGGAGAACCCAGCGAAGGCCUCGGAGAUUACCUCAAGGGCAGGAAGCUGGAUGAUGCCCCUACUGGGACAGGAAAGUUCCCAGCUGGCCACAGCGUCAUCCAACUGGCCCGAAGGCAGGACUCAGACCUGGUGCAGUGUGGUGUGACCAGCCCCAGCUCGGCCGAGGCCACUGGCAAGCUGGCUGUGGACACCUUCCCUGCCAGGGUCAUUAAGCACAGGGCCGCCUUCCUGGAGGCCAAAGGCCAGAGUGCCCUGGAUCCUGGUGGCCCGAGGGUCCGGCACGGCUCUGGCACGCCUGGCUCAGUGGGGGGCCUGUAUCGGGACAUGGGGGCUCAAGGGGGCAGGCCCUCCCUCAUUGCCAGGAUCCCAGUGGCCAGAAUCCUGGGGGACCCAGAGGAGGAGUCCUGGAGCCCCUCCCUGACCAACCUGGAGAAGGUGGUGGUCACCGACGUGACCUCAAACUUUCUGACCGUCACCAUUAAGGAAAGUAACACGGACCAAGGCUUUUUUAAAGAGAAGAGAUGAGUUGCUGGUUGGUGAGCCCAGGACAGGGCAGGCGGGAGAGUGAGCGAGACCUGGCUUAGUGCUUUCAUUUCAGGGUGGCUGUGGCCUUCUGGCUGGUCCUGUCCCUGACUUCACACCCCCAGCCCCCUCCGUUCCUCCUUCCUUCAUUUCAGUUUUGGUUGGAAAGAUUAUCUCUAGAGUUAUAUUUUCUAUUAGAUGUAAAUAUGUUAUUUAAGAAAAAUAUCUAAAUAUAUAUAUUUCAACUCUUGAAGUUGUUUUAUUUAAACAAGGAGAGAGAGAAACCCAAUGUGGUUUAGUUGGGGGCAGGUAGAUUGAGUGGGGGCAGGAGGGGUUCCCCCAGGGUGCUAGGAAAUUUGGGAGCCUGGGCUCUGGUGGUGUCUGGAGGGACUCAGCCUGCCCACCUCCGGACUCUGGCCCCAAG